UAACGUGUCAACAUGAUGGAGUUGUAAACAAUUUCAAACGUAAAUUUAAUAAAAUUUCUGACAAAAUGGCAGAAUUCGGCGACGAAUUCUUGGAUAUAGAAAUUACGGACGAAAUAUUUAAAGAUAUUAAAUACUUCAUAAGCGGAGAAAUACACGAAAAGAUCGAUAAUUUGCUGAGAACUGGUGGUGCCAAGCACAUGAACUAUCUCUCCGACUAUGUAACCCAUUUAAUUGUCGGUCACAAUGUUGAAGAGAAUGAUAUUGCGGAUGCCAAUGAUCUCUAUGAGAUACCUGCAGUUUUACCCAAAUGGAUUUUAAUGUGCGCUCGUUUGAGAAAACGUGUAGAAAUUAAACCGUAUUUGUAUCCCACAACUCCUAGACUUUUCACAAACUUGGUAUUUUCUUUUUCACAAGUAGAAGAUCGCAACUCACUUUGGGCUCUUAUUACAUAUAAUGGCGGGUUUGUACACAAUCGUCUUAGUGAACAGUGUAAUUAUUUAGUGACAGGAAUCACUGACUCUCCAAAAUAUUUAAAAGCUGAAUCAACUGGAAUUUCAAUAGUGACCCCUGACUGGAUUGUAGAAUCAAUUAAAAAUAAUGCUAUGGCGGAUCCCAUUCUAUUUCAUCCAAAAUUAAUAGCUUGGCCACCCCCGCCAAAACCACAUGAAAGUACAACUGCCAUAACUGGAUUUGAACCUGACAUGUCUGAGAAGAAACCAGAAGAAAAAGAUGUUUCAGAAUCAACACAAGCACUUUUAGAAAAAUUAAAACAGAGAAUGCCUUGGAAUCAGCCUGGUUCAUCUUCAACGAUUCAGACAACUUCUUGCUCUGAUCCAGUUGCACCUCCAAAUGUGGUAGCUCCCAGCUUCCUUAAUAAAAUGCAGCUUAGCAAUCAAAAUCUUCAAUCUGUUAGACCUCAAGGGUUGAUAUCAUCAGCAACAAAUCAAGCUGAACUGUCAGCAUCCACUAGCUUUGCAAAUGUUAGUUCUAUGUCCCCCUCCCAGGUCCCAAAGUCUAUUGUGCAUCAUACUCCAAAUCAAUCUCAAACUAUUACACAGCAAAAUCCUCUUCACAUUGACCGCCUUGUUGGAACCCCACAAGCCAACAGAGCCAAUCUUCAACAGCUUAGAGGUCAAUUAAACACAAGUCAGAUUCACCAACAACUGUUACAGCAAAGAAUACAGCAAAAUCAGCAAAAUGUGCAAAGAGCUUCUGGACGUCAGCUUACCAUUCAACAACAGCAACAGCUUAUGCAGCAGCAACUAGCUCAAAGGAAUUUGCAAUUAAUGCAGAACCAACAACAGUUGUUAAACCAACAACAGAAUUCUAACCAAUUAAUAACACAGCACACUCAGCUUAUUCAACAAAAUCAGGCAGUAAUUCAGCAGAACCAGAUUAUUAAUCAACAAGCACAAAAUCAGCUCAUUGGCCAGCUGCCCCAAGGUCAGAUGGUUGGUCAACAGCAACCAAGCCAACAACCAAAUCCAAGUCAGUUGAUGGCUCAACAGACCCAGAAUCAGUUGUCAAACCAGCAGCAGAAUCAAAAUCAAAUGAUGAAUAAUCAACAAAGUCAAAGCCAGCUAAUUAACCAACCUCAAAGUCCUAUUAUGACCCAGCAGCAGAGACAGUUGAUCAGCCAACAGCAAAGGCAAAAUCAGUUGUUAAAUCAACAACAGCAGAAUCAAGUAAUCAGUCAGCAAAACCAGGGAGGACUAUUGGCUCAACAAAGUCAAAACCAGUUGUUGAAUCAGCAGCAUCUUCAGAACCAAUUGCUUAAUCAGCAAGUGCAGGGACAGCCAAUCAACCAACAAAAUCAAAACCAAUUAGUGAAUCAGCAACAAGAACAGAUUCAGCUAUUGACCCAAGACAGAGAUCAGAAUAAUGUUCUGCUUCAGCAGCAGAAUCCAAAUAACUUGGUCGCCCAACAGGGGCAGCAACAGCCCCAAGAACAGCUAAUUUCAAAUCAAUUGAUUACCCAGCAAAGUCAGCAGGGACAUGACCAGUUACUUAAUCAACAGAAUCAAAAUAUUUUAAUCAACCAGCAAAAUCAAUUGAUGGUGCAACAGCAAAGCCAAGGGCCAUUGAUGAAUCAGCAGAAUCAGAUUAUGAACCCGACUAGCCAGUUGGUAAAUCAGCAAGGACAACAGAUUUUGAAUCAAACAAGUCAGAGUCAGCAGCUUUUGAGCGGGCAGCAGCCGCAGCAGGGCCUUAUUCAAACUCAACAUCUAGGCCAGUUGAAUAAUCAACAAAUUCAACAGUUGCAGCAGUUGAAACGGGAGCAACAACAGUUACUUAAUCAAAAUCAACAAAUAGUUAACCAAAACCAACAGGUUAGAGCUCAAAACCAGAUGCAAAUGAAAUUGAAUCAGGCGAACCAGUUGUCCAUGCAGAACAGAACCCUUCAGCAGCAAAAUGUUAACCCGAACCAAAAUUUCGGGCAGCAUUUGCUACAACAGAAGCCGUUAUUCAGCCAACAGCAGAUGGUAACGUCCCAGCAACAACAGCAAAUCUUACAGAACCCGAAUUUGGCAGGCGGUAUCCAAUCGCAGCAACCCCCAUUCGUUGGUCAGGGCUUUAAUCAGCAGCCAAUUGAAGCGAUACAGCAACAAAAAACACCGCUGCCGCAAAUGAACCAACAAUCGCUCAAUCAGAUGAAUGUCCAAGUGUUGAAUCAGCAACUGAAUACUCAAAAUCUGGGACAACAGCUUAACCAGCAGCAGCUGCAUCAGCAGAACCUUCAGCAGAGUAACAUGAGUCCAACUAGUAUUGGUCAACAAUUAGGUCUCGACCAGGGGUUGGUGCAGCAACAACAACAGCAGCAGCAGCAGCAGUUAAAUGGGGGUCUGCCCAAUCAGCAGCAGCAGAUAAAUCCUCAGUUAAAUCAGCAGGUGGUUAGGUCGCAAUUCCAACAGGGCAACAUGAUCAAUCAGCAAGUGUUGGCCAAUCAGCAGCAGCAGAGGCCUCAGAUCAAUCAGCAAUUAUGGGCGCAAGGUCAGCAACAGCAGCAGCAGGGUCAGCUUCAAGGCCAACAAGCGAUUCACCGCCCUGUGGGCGUGGUUCAGCAGUCUCCCACGGGAACCGGACCUCGGGUCCAGUGGCCCCCGGGUCAGCAGCAGGGCAUUCCCCAGCGGCAAUUUAUACAGCUCGACGCCCACACCCACAACCAAUUACAGAAAAUGCCGCCCGAGCAACAGGCCCUGUUCGUCGCACGACUGCAGAAACAAAGGCAACUGCAGCUGGCGAAACAGAUGCAGCAGAGGGGAAGCGGUCACAUAUUGAUCAGAGGCAAUGUGCCCCCAGGUCUGACGACCCAGCAACAAGUUCAGUGGCUCCAGCAACAGGCCAAACAGCAAGGCAUCGUGUUACCGCCGAAUAUCCAGCAGAACAUCACGCCAGGCACCAUCACCCAGCAAAAUCCGCCCCCAGCAAAUGUUCAGCACACCCCUGGCCUAAGUCCAAUCAACCAAGGUCCUACCGCUGGGCAACAAUUCGUUGACCAGAACCAGCAACAACAGCACCAGCUGCAGUUGCGGCAGUACAGACUGCAACAGCUGCAGCUGCAACGGGAACAGGCGCAGAAAACGCAUCUGACUCAGCAAGGGGCGAUACCACAACAAGCGGCGGUAAGACCGCCGAAUCAGCCGCCGUCCGCGGAUUCGACCACCAGUCCUGCCCAAGUCCAAGUCAAUCCCAAGACUAAGACCGCUUUAGCAAAUAUGCUCAGCAUAAAGCUGCAGAGUGGUGGAACCAUAGGCGGGCCCCGCCAGGAAACCAUACCCGAACCAUCAGCGGCAGGGACUUUGAGGAUGAUGACGGCCCAACACAAUGCGGCCAUCAACUCGAAGCCCCAGGAAAUUAUAGCGUUGCAGCAGCGGCGGGUAAUCAACGGGCCCAACGGAGAAAUAAUUAAGACUCCGGUUCCUCAGUUGCCUUCCACGCCUCCGAACGAACCUCCCAAGUUGCAGUACUCGCAGAAACCGCCGUUGCCGGUGCAGCAUCGUGUCGGACCUUUCUACGGGCAUAAUCCUAAUUUGAAACUGCCUCCCGACUUGUUUCUGCUAGGGUGUAUAUUUGUUGUGGUGGAGAUUGAAGAUUUUUUGGAGGAGCGACUGCCUGGUUGGCAGCAAAAAAUCGAGAAAUAUGGAGGGGAAGUGGAGAAACAAUAUGGGAGCAAAGUGACCCACGUGCUCUGUGAAACUCAGCGCCACGGCGUCGUGAUGCAGGCCCUUAGGGAUUGCAAACGUUGCGUGACGGUGCGGUGGCUGAGCGACGUCAUCAAACGAAAGCAGGUGCUGCCGCCGUGGACAGCCCUGCACCUGCCUCAAAUCUAUUUCGAUAUUCGACCCGCUUCGAAACAUUUGAUCUCGAUCAGCGGAUUUGAGGGCAACAUCCGGAACAUGAUUAAGCAGAUGAUACAAUAUACGGGGGCGAAAUGCACCUCGUAUUUCUCCAAGCACAAUACGCUGCUAAUAUGUGCCAAGGUGGACGGUACGAAGUUCACUCACGCGAAAAAGUGGGGUAUACCGGUCGUCAACGUCCAGUGGCUCACCGACGUGAUUCUGGGGAACUUUGCCGCCCUGAAUCAGACAGAGAACCAGGCGUACCAGACGUACUCGAGUCCGCCCAACAUGAGCUUUGAUCCCAAAUUGGUUCCCAACAUGAUGCACGCGUGGAAGGCGCCAAUAAACAUCUCGCAAGAAUCGUACGAGCGCGUGAAGAGGUCCGCCUCGCCGGUCGCGCUGCCGAAACCAAAGAAACUGAAAACGGAGCGUACGGAUGAGAACGACAACAUCAGCGAGGCGGUCGCGAACUCGGACUACCGGGUUCUGUUUUCACAAUUCGACGGCGAGGGCGCGCGGGAACUCCACCGAAAAGUCAAGGAGCUGGGCGGGACCGUCGUGACUGAUACCAAAGAUUUCACGCACCUGGUGAUGCCCCGGCUUGUGCGCUCGCACAAGCUCCUGUUCGCCGUGUGCAAGAACGCACACGUCGUUUCGGAAAAGUGGAUCGAGCAGAGUCAUGCAGCCAAAGAGUUCCUACCCGAGAUCACGUUCAAUCUUCCCACAGAAGAGUUCAACAAGAAGUACAAGGUGACCAUCGAGAAUACCCUGCAGAGCUUCAAGAGAGAGAAACUGUUCGAGGGCAAAUUCUUUUGGGUCACUCCGAGUGUGUUUCCGAGCAAAAAAAUCGUCGCGGAGCUGAUCGAGUGUUGCGGGGGCGUGGUCGAACGGAUAAGGAGGACCAAGGCGCAGAUUGAGGUGACCAACUCGAAUUCGCCGUUGAGUUAUUUCAUAUUGACAACGAAACACGACCUCCAUCUCGUUGCGGACCUGUUGAAAAACAAAAAGGAGAAGCAGAAGGUCGUGUGUAACGUAGAGUUGGUGUUGAGCGCCGUCUUGAAGCAGAAUUUGGAGGUCGAUCCGUACGCUGUUAGUGUUUUGUGAUCCAAGAGAAUGUUUUUGGCGACUGAUGACGGUUAGAUGUAAGCGGGAACGCGAGCGACAUUUAAGUAUGUCAUUAGACAAUUGGGAAGAUUUUUAUAUGAGUAAACCCAACGGGGAAAAUAUUAAAAUACAUAUUUUUAUUGAUUGUAUACGUGUUGAAUUAUGCGCAGCAUU